AUGCCUGAAUCUUUCGAUGAAUUGCUUAAUUUAGUUGAACCAAUAAUACGAAAACAAGAAACAAAUUUUCGAAAACCAAUAUCAUCUACUAUUCGGCUGUUAAUAACAUUACGAUACUUAGCAUCUGGUGAUUUGAUGUCAUCACUCGCGAUGUCAUAUCGUUUAGGUAAAAGUACCGUUUCUGGUAUCAUUCAAGAUACAUGUCAAGCUAUUUGGGAGGUUUUACAACAUCGUGUUCUAUUUCAACCCUCUCAACAAGGAUGGAAGAAGAUAGUAGAUGGUUUUUUUAGACGAUGGAACUUCCCACAUUGUAUAGGAGCUAUCGAUGGGAAACAUGUUGUAAUACAAGCACCACCACAUGCAGGAUCGACAUUCUAUAACUAUAAAGGACAACACAGCAUUGUACUUAUAGCGGUAGUAUCAGCAUCUUAUGAGUUUUUGAUGGUUGAUAUUGGCGCCCAAGGGAGACAUAAUGACGGUGGAAUUUUUAAAGGCUCCAUUAUGGGACAGCGAUUUGAAAAUAAACAAAUGGAAUUACCACCUCCAUGUCCAUUGUCAAAUUGCAGUAUAUCUGUUCCCUACAUGCUUGUAGCUGAUGCUGCAUUUCAGCUUAAUGAGUAUACUUUAAGACCAUAUCCCGGUAAUCGAUUGAAUAAAACUAGAGAAAUAUUCAAUUAUAGAUUAAGUCGAGCCAGACGUGUCGUAGAAAAUGCGUUUGGCAUUAUGACUAAAGAAAAUGCAGCUGCCAUUGAAAAUAUUCGUUCAGUGGGAAGCAAUACACACUCACGAUUAGCAGCAGAGUUUAGAGAUACAUUCGCUCAAUAUUUUGUAGAAGAAGGCUCUGUACCUUGGCAAGAUAUGCGUUAA